AGCGCAGCAGCGGCGCUGGCCGGCCCGGAGCGCUGCGGGAUGCGGCCCGCGGGCCUCACCCUGAAGCUGCUGCUGGUCGGGGACAGCGGCGUGGGCAAGUCCAGCCUCCUGCGGAGGUUCACGGACGGCGCCUUCGAGCCGCACCUGACUCCCACCGUCGGUAUUGAUUUUAAAGUGAAGAAGAUGGUGGUGGACGGCCGUGCAGUUCAGCUGGCCAUAUGGGAUACAGCAGGACAGGAGCGUUUCAGAACAGUGACUCCCAGUUACUACAGAGGAGCUCAAGGGGUUGUUUUAGUGUAUGAUGUUACAAGAAAAGCCACGUUCACAGGACUAGGAGGAUGGCUGAAUGAGCUGGAAAUGUACACCACCUCCAGCAGCACUGUGAAGAUGCUGGUUGGCAAUAAAACUGAUAAGCCUGACCGUGAAGUGGAGAGAAAAGAGGGGCUCCAGCUUGCCAGGAAACACUCCCUGCUUUUUAUAGAUUUACUGUCACAACCUGAGAACAAUUUCUUUUUCUCCAUUAUGGAGAAAAUGGGCAACUGGAUUUCUUUUUGGUGGAAAAAUGUGGUACUUCAGACUGAGACCAGUGCCAAGACACAGGAUGGAGUGCAGCAUGCCUUUGAGGAGCUGGUCAUAAAGAUCCUGCAGACUCCAGAUCUCUGGGAUAAGGGCACAGGGAAAAAGGGAGUGCAGCUCAUGGAACCAUCAGCACAGCAGAAUAAAGGCUUUUGUGGUGCCUACUGUGCACUUCUUUAAAUGUGCAGCUGGCUGUUCUGCCUGACUGGAGGGAACAAAAAAAGGGGUGGGGAUGAGAUUCCAAGCACCCAUCUGUGCCAUGUUUGAUGUGCCAUCAGUUGUGCAGAUCCAAAACACAAACUCAUUAGCAAAAUACAUUUUUAUUCAUUAACAAAAUACAGUUUCUCCUUCCCUCUUGCACAACUGCUGUCUGCAGGUAUUUUUUUGGUAGCUCUCAGAUUUUUCACUAUUAAAUCAUAGUGCUGCUUAGAGAAUUGUGCUUUGCUGUAUGACAUUCAACAUGGACUUUUGCUGGAAUUCCUGCCUUCGCAUAAAUUAGGUGGUAUUCAAUUCUGGAAUAUUAUUGAGAAGCUUCUUUUCCCUUGGAUGGCAUGGGAGGCUUUGAGGCACCCAAGUUACCUUCAUGUGGUUACUCAGCAGGAGAUUGAUCAGUGGACAGAAUUUCCUGAUUUUGGAUGAUUUUAAAAAGUCAAAAUUGCUACAUGUCCCCAGACAGUAAUCUGAGUUACUGGUUAAUUUUAGGGCUGUGAUGAAGAGGAUUUGUAUUUUAACACUUACCAGGAAAAGUGCAGGACACUGAAGCUGACCCUGUGCUGUUCUCUUUCAACUGAGGCUCUGGGAUGGGAUGCACUCAUCAUUUUGGGCUGUCACACCAUGACUGUGGCUUUGCAGUCACUGAGAAUCUCUGCAAACCCUUAUUCUCUUCCAGAAACCACAGAUAAAAUUAAAAAAAUUAUCAGAAUUGAUAAAAAUUGUAUCAGAAAUUGAUAAAACUCAAUUUCACAGAAAAUGUGCUGCCUAUGGGAGACUUUGCACUAGAGUGAGUCUGUCACCAAUCCCACUAUGAAGUUCCCCUUUUGUCUUUUACACUUUUAAUGGCAAUAUUGUAUUUUGCUAUAUUGUAUUUUCCUAACUUACAUUAAAAUAACUGAAAAUUUCAGAUGUAA